AUGCCGGAAAACUUGUUGGACCCCAACAGGCAGUUGAUUACCGUGAUGGUCGUUAUGGUCUGGAUUUCCAUGGGUAUGUUUUACGGGUUGGGAGGGCUCACACUAGUGGAUCUACGCAUGCAGUUCAAAUGUUCCUCCGCCGACAUAGCGCGCUCAGUCUCCGCCCAGGGGUUCGGGGUAUUCAUCGGUGCGCUAGCAGGCGGUUUGGUUAUUGCCGCCAUUAGGACCUGGAAGUGCCUCGUGGUGACGCUGGCAGAACUCAUAGCAACCGUGGCCUUAUGCUGUCAGCGGAUGUUGAUAGAAUUGUGGCGGGACGAGGCCGCAUUCCCUAUAAACGCCAUGUACAUGGGCUUCAGCAUCGGCGCCCUUAUAGACCCACUCGUCAUAAACCCGUUUCUUGCCGUUUUGGAGUUUAGUAUUGACGAACCGGAAGCGAGCACUGGUUCGCCUGUGCAGAACGGGAUAGUAAAACAUGUGCUUGCUAAUCUGAACCCAGCGACUUACGCUGACGGAAAUUUCAAGUUUGGGCUUACAAUGUUUGUGUUUAUCAAUCUUCUGGUCAUGGAUAUCAAUGGUGGUCAACUGCUGUUCGGAAGUUUCGUGCGCACGCUAUCCGUGGAUGAGCUUCGAUUCGCUCAAACAGAGACGUCUUAUGUAGACUCGGUCUACUGGGGCAGCUUAACGAUUGGGCGACUUGCAAGCUUGGUUCUAUCUUACUUUAUUCCCACGCGCAUUCUUGUCCUGAUACCUGUAAUAGACAAUCGUCACUAA